AGGGGCUUACCUGAAUUUGUCAAAUAGAAGCUCUCGUUUUCGUUGCAAAACGUUUUACGUUGGGAGGAAACGCUUUCUGUUGCAAAAAAAGGUUUUGCAACAGACCAAACAUUUCGCAACAGAACCGGCGUAAUGAAUACACCCAUGCUCUCGCUGUAGCUACCAAUUGCAGUCAGUGGAUUCAGCCUUUGUACACGUUGAAAGCGCCGAGGAGAGGACGAAUUACUUUUCUUACUUAUCUUUCGCCAUUACUGAGGACUUCAUCAAGUCUCACUGUGUUUGUAUAACGUUAUUACAGCGGUGACUUUUCGGAUUUUUUUCUCCUUUUCUUUCUGGCUGUGAAGAACGUGUAAAAAAAACCAACAAAAAAAUCCAGCUAGUUUUCACAAUGGCGACAGCAGCAGUAUCUGCCAGUGUUGGCAGCGGCCCCAACCCCGGAUCCGGCGCCGAGUUAGUCCGAGGACAGGCCUUCGAUGUCGGCCCUCGCUACCACAAUCUCUCCUAUAUUGGCGAGGGCGCCUAUGGAAUGGUGUGCUCUGCAUAUUGCCGUGACAACAAGGUCCGCGUGGCGAUAAAGAAGAUCAGUCCGUUUGAGCACCAGACGUACUGCCAGAGGACUCUGAGAGAAAUUAAAAUCCUGCUGCGCUUCAAACAUGAGAACAUCAUCAGCAUCAACGACAUCAUCCGCAUGCCCUCCAUCCACCAGAUGAAGGACGUCUACAUCGUGCAGGACCUGAUGGAGACAGACCUGUAUAAGCUCCUGAAGACCCAGCACCUGAGCAACGAUCACAUCUGUUACUUCCUGUACCAGAUCCUGAGAGGCCUGAAGUACAUCCACUCUGCUAACGUCCUGCACCGCGACCUUAAACCCUCCAACCUGCUGCUCAAUACCACCUGUGAUCUAAAGAUCUGUGACUUUGGUCUCGCACGUGUGGCUGACCCGGACCACGACCACACGGGCUUCCUGACAGAGUACGUUGCGACUCGUUGGUACCGUGCACCUGAGAUCAUGCUGAACUCCAAGGGUUACACCAAGUCUAUUGAUAUCUGGUCUGUGGGCUGCAUCCUGGCUGAAAUGCUCUCCAAUAGACCCAUCUUCCCGGGGAAGCACUACCUGGACCAGCUGAACCACAUCCUGGGUAUCCUAGGGUCUCCUUCCCAGGAGGAUCUGAACUGUAUCAUCAACAUCAAGGCCAGGAACUACCUGCUGUCUCUCCCGCUGCGCUGCAAGGUUCCCUGGAGCCGCCUCUUCCCCAACGCCGACCCCAAAGCUCUGGACCUGCUGGACAAGAUGUUGACCUUUAACCCCCACAAGAGGAUCGAGGUGGAGGAGGCUCUGGCUCACCCUUACCUGGAGCAGUACUACGAUCCUACAGAUGAGCCUGUAGCCGAGGCUCCUUUCAAGUUCGACAUGGAGCUGGAUGAUCUACCCAAAGAGACCCUGAAGGAGCUGAUCUUUGAAGAGACUGCACGCUUCAACACAGUCUGCAGGUCCUAACCUAUAGAACCAGAUCUGGACUCUCCUCGUUGUGUGCUCUGGUUCCUCCUGUCUUCAGCCUGUAUACUCCCCCCCCUUCCUCAGUCAGACCACCAUGUCAGGAACGGGUUUCAGGAAUCAAUCUGUCCUUUCUCCCUCUAUCCUCCCCUCUCUCCCUACGGGGUGAGGAGGGUCACAUGUUGGCUUAUUGUUGAUCUUUCUUCUCUCCCCCCACCCACUCCUCACUGCCUAUGGGGGACUAUUGGAAAGCACUAUAUAGGGAAUAGGGCUCUGGUCUAUAGUAGUGCACUACAUAGGGAAUAGGGCCCUGGUCUAUAGUAGUGCACUAUAUAGGGAAUAGGGCCCUGGUUUAUAGUAGUGCACUAUAUAGGGAAUAG